AUGGAUGCAGAAAAACCCAGCAUACUGGGUAGCUCCAUCAAACCCACAUGGGCAUCUCUGCUCCUCCUCUUCACCGUCAUGCUUGUCCUUUCCUACCAAACAUUCUCAACCACGGCGGGUCUUCCCACAUGGGUCGGGUCGAUUUGGCCCGCCGCAGGAUCCGAUACCCGUUCUGAUCAUCUCCCGAGCACCUGUUCCGGGUUCUUCGGGGGCGUCCCCAAGAGGAAGGUGGUGAUGUCGAUCGAGGCCUUCGGCGGGGUCGGCGACGGGGCCACCUCCAACACCGAAGCGUUUCGGAGGGCGAUUCUCCACAUGCAGCGUUUCGGGGAGAGUGGUGGGGCCCAGUUGAACGUUCCUAAGGGGAGGUGGUUGACGGGCAGUUUUAACCUCACCAGUAAUUUCACGCUUUUUCUUGAAGAGGGCGCUGUAAUUCUGGGCUCCCAGGAUCCGAAGCAAUGGCCUAUUAUUGAGCCGUUGCCUUCGUAUGGAAGAGGAAGAGAGAGGUUAGGAGGAAGACAUAUAAGCCUUAUUCAUGGGGAUGGUCUUACAAAUGUUGUCAUUACAGGUAAUAAUGGGACAAUUGAUGGGCAGGGGAAAAUGUGGUGGGAACUAUGGUGGAACAGAACACUGGAGCAUACCAGAGGUCACCUGCUUGAGCUAAUGAACACUCAAAACAUUCUCAUCUCUAACCUCACUUUCCUCAAUUCUCCUUUUUGGACCAUCCAUCCUGUUUACUGCAGUAACGUUGUUAUCAAGGACAUGACAAUCUUGGCUCCUCUGAAUGCUCCUAAUACUGAUGGCAUAGACCCAGAUUCGAGCACUAAUGUGUGCAUUGAGGACUGUUACAUUGAGAGUGGCGACGAUCUUGUAGCAGUGAAAAGUGGUUGGGAUCACUAUGGAAUCAAAAUGGCUCGUCCAAGCUCAAACAUAAUAGUAAGAAGAGUUCAUGGCACCACUCCAACUUGCUCUGGAGUGGGAAUAGGUAGUGAGAUGUCUGGUGGGAUUUCAAAUGUGACCAUUGAGGAUUUGCAUGUUUGGGACUCUGCAGCUGGGGUGCGCAUAAAAACGGACAAAGGUAGAGGGGGCUACAUAGCAAAUAUUAGUAUAAGUAACGUACUGAUGGAAAGAGUGAAGGCACCCAUAAGGUUUAGUAGAGGGGCCAAUGACCACCCGGACAAAGGAUGGGAUCCCAAAGCUGUUCCCCAAGUAAAGGGGAUUUUUAUUAGCAACGUGUUCAGUUUGAAUUCAACAAAAGCCCCAGAAUUGAAGGGCAUUGAGGGUGCUUCAUUUGAAAGGAUAUGCUUUAAGAAUGUCACAGUACUUGGUCUUGCUCCAUCUACAGCGUGGCAUUGUGAAUUUGUUUCAGGUUUUGCCAAUGGGGUGUUUCCAGCUGCAUGUCCUCAGUUGCAGGAUAUGGACGCUUUUGACUGGUGUCUGCAACGUUGA